GGUGGUCGAACGGUCGGUGAACUGUGUUUUAAGUCAAGUCGAAUUUGGUUCGAUCUCCUUUAAGCCCGACUAGAAUUCUAAAUUAUUUGGGUACAUGAAUGCUAUAUCGACCAGGGAAUCGUUCAAAAUACUUUAAUUUGAAAUCCUAUUCUGACGUUAGGGUUUUGACACGUGGUCACGUUCAACAUGACAAGCCUGUGGAUGGGAGAUGUAAGUUUAUGAUAGCAGUUUUUGAGAUGUUAUAGUAAAAUAGAAAAUCAGCAAUGGCUCUUUAUUUCUCCUCUGCGUUAGAGGCGUUAAAAUUUGCAGUACGACGAAUAGCAGUACAUGCGCACACAGUACAGAUGCCAAAAAUUUUAUAGACUUGUCUCCCAACUUAUCAUAGUGAAAAAGGAGUGAAUUCCCACAUCACCUCUAUGACCCUUAACCAUACCUUAACUUCAUCCCAAGGUGACUUAACUGCAGAGUGACUGCAUAUCCACUUACCUAGUUCUUUGAAGGUUACAACAUGGAAGGCAUGAUACUCUGGAGUGAAUUCCCUAACCUAAACAUACAUGUAGCUUUAACUUUCAUCCUAGCCAUAUCUUACCUAUUACAGCAGUGAUUUGGUAACUCUAGAUCUUAACUCACAGACAAGCUUGCAAACAUUAAUGAAUUUUAUUGACAUUCACAGGGUGCAAAGAAAAUCAUUUUUACAGCUUUCCAUUCGAAGCUGAAGCUAGCAUUUACUAGCCCAGACGUCACUUCAACUAGCCCUUAAAACGUUUUGACUAGCAGAAUUUAUUUCACAGUUCUUCUGUAAUUCGAAUUCCUCAAAAAACAUCACUUGCCCUUCAGGCAAGUUAAAAACAGAAAUCACUAGCCCAAUAGCAAGAUCCACUAGCCCCAGGCUAUCGAACACUACUUUCUUUGCAUGCUACAUUCAUCAACAAACUCCACAUUGAGUGGUUCAGUAUCCAGACCCACACUACUGAGGGAAUUUCACUUAGGACCCCGCCACCUCCCUGGAUUUUCCAUUUUUGUAGGGGGCUGAUGACCCCCUAACCCCUCCGUAAUUUUCCACAAGACCCCCCCACCCCCCAACCCCUCUGGAAAAGUUCAUUUUCACAAAGAAAGAUCAUAAAGUAAAAGAACAAGGUCAUUUACAGUUAUUAUUAUGCAACGUUUUCCAUUUAUUAAUUGAUCUCCCAACAUUAGAACACACCACACUACCUACAAAGUAACCUAAUCUACAAAAUUUUGCUUAAUGUAAUGACAUUACACCUUUCUCCUGCUACUAGAAAAAGUUAAGUGCAAAUAGGGGUCUUGGAUAUUUUCUGGAACCAUACAUUGGGGGUGGUAAGUAAUUUUGGCAUUCCCCUAAGAGGAAAAUGAUCCAAGUGUUGUCACCACCUGAGAAAAACUCCAAUUCAGUUUUAAAUUAAAUAAAAUUUAAUAAAGAGCCCAUAGAAUCAUCAGUGGCAAUCCUUGGGCCUGGGGGUAACCUGGGGGACAUACACAAGCAAGGUGCGGGAUUUGUUGACAUCUGCUGCAAAUUUUAGUCUAGGACAGGGGGGAUUGGAUUGCGUUUGAAUUAACAUACAUUAUUUUGUACAUAUCAGUUUUUUUGUAUAUGUAAUAGCUUGAUGGUUACAUGGAUGAAGCAUUUAUCAGUAGUGCCUUUGCAGCCAUGGGGGAAGCAGUGGUUUCAGUAAAGAUGAUAAAAAACAGAGCUACCGGGUAAUGUCUUUUGUAGCUACAAUUGGCAACAAAAUUAGUUGAGACACUUUGCCGGAAAGGGGCUUUUUGAUGUUUUACAAACUUUAAAAGGGGAAAAUAAAGUUUUUCCUUCCCCAUCCCCUCCAUGCAAUUUUGUGCCGAUGUUCAAGCUACCUGUAGAAAACCACAAACUUCCCAACUUUGAAUGGAGAGGAGGGGGGAGGGGUGUAGAUUCUUUUGUUCUCUGAAGUUACCUUAUUUGAGUAUAAUGUCUCAACAAUUUUGUCGCCUAUUGUACAAAUGUAGCUAGAACAAGAAGUUAACAUCAAACUACUGUGCCAGUUGACCAAGAGACCUUGAAAUGUGGUUCUUCCUGAAAAAGAAGAUUUCUUUUUUCUUGGGCAUUAUUGAUAAUCAUUAUUAUUAGGGUUUGUUUAAGACGUCUUUUGCUAAAUAUCAUUUCAUGCAGCGUUAGACUGGGGUGCUGUAAAUUCCUCAUGCUUUCUCUUUUGCAAAAGAGGGAGGUGAACAGUCAAACCCAAAAUGCACUCUGUUGUUUCAUAUCAUCACCAAAAGUACAGUUCAUUCUCUUUAGUAAUAAUGUAUAAACAAGCAUAGAGAUCAAAAUAUGCCUUACAUGUAAGUUGUUGCAUACAGGGAGAUUAAAGCAAUGGAAAAUUCUAAGGCAGUUUCAGCCGCAAUAAGCGUAGAACUCACGUGACCAGAAAUGUCAACUCCACAAUAACAAAUCCACUGGUAUAAACAAAUGAAGAUUUAUUUCAUAAGAGACAUGCAUGGUAUGUGAUAUGUAGAGCAUAGCUGUGUGUGGGUUGAAACUAAAAACGAUAAUAGAGCAAAAGAUUAGAUGUACAUUAGUUGCGGCAACAGAAAAUUUGAUGUGAAGAAACAGGAAAACUACCACAAAGUGAGGACUGUGAAACACACUUACAUUGUUAUGGCUACAGAAAAUUGAUGUGGUAGCGAACUGCAUAAAACAUGAAGAAAAAUAGAAAGCACAGAAGAGAACUUUGCACUUAAAAGGGACCAAUACAAAACUGAAAAUUGUUCUGCCUAGUGCCUAACAGCUACCUGCGAUGUAAAAUACAAUUGAUUGUGCAAAAAAGAAAACUAAAAAAGUAAAAAAGGCACUAGUUAAUGAAGAUGAGAAAACAAAGAGAUGCUAAUCAGGCCUGGCAAAAAAAAUAAACGAAGAACUUAACACCUUAAUUUGCACAAAGAAUCUAAACAAAAGGAUAGGGUGAACUGUAUUUUGUGAAAAGGGAAAACAAAUUAUGGAAAAAUUGUUACAAGAGGAUCUUACAGAGUUUGCUUAUAACAGUUGGUUGUUAAUGAGAGGUUGCAACUGUCGCGGGAAAAUUUUGGUGUUUGGAUAGGUGUUACUGCUUUGUCUUAUGGGAUCGGAGGUGGUCACUUAACAAUAAGUGGUCACACGUAGAGCUGGUUUGACUGUAUGUAGAGUUGUACAGAGAGUGAAUGUGUACAUCUGGGCCACUUUGUUGUGUUUACUAACAAGUAUUUGUCACAUAUCAGGUCUCCAGCUGGUUACUGUUUUGUUGACUUUGGUGACUACACAGUCUCACAGAAGGUCAUGACUAAACUCAGUGGUUUGCCAAUUCCUGGGAGCAAUCCUGUAUGUAUAUUAGUAUUUAUUAAAAAAGUUAAAGCUCUAAGCGCAAGCUAGUAUAGAGUGUAUAUGGUCAUUUCCUAAAGCACAGUUUGCACUAAGCAUAAUUAUAUAGUCAUUAUUGAUAUUUUUAAUUUUGUUGUCCCAGAAUACAACCUUAGUCAUUCUCGCCAUGAAGGUUCUUUAGUUUUAACCCCCUUCCCUCUGGCCAGGACUAUGGACUAUACAUGUACUUUUUUAUUCAAGUAUUGUGUUUCUGGUGCUCUGGUACAUGUACUGUACACUGUACAUGUGUUUCCAUGCCAAAAAAAGAGUGGAAUGGACUUUUUGUUAAAGUUACAUGGAGCAUUAAAAUAAUAUCAUUUUAAAAAUGAUUAACCUUAAUCUAUUCCAAAUUUACAGAUAAAGAGAUUCAAAUUAAAUUGGGCCACAUAUGGCAAGGAUUCGUUCACACAGUGAGUAAUUCAACAGUUUUCUUCCUUAGUUUGGUUCCAGUUGGUUUUCUUGAAAGUAUACUGUGAUAAACAUAUUUGAGAUUUCUCUGUUACAUAGAUUUGCAUUUUACACAUUCUCGGUUGCCUCAAAACCAUGUGAUAUCAAAAACAAAUAAUAAUAUAUUAGAAUUUCAAUCAUACAUGUACAUGUACUUUAUUGAUCUGUGAUUACUACAAGUAAAUAAGAUAGAGUAUAAGCAUUACAUGUAUGUUUAUACACAUGUGAAUUUAAUCAUUGUGUGAUUUUAUUAAUGCAGGGGACCAGAGUAUUCAAUAUUUGUGGGUGAUUUGUCUCCUGAUGUUACUGACAAUGCCCUUCAGGUAGGAUCUUGCAACUACAGUAUUACACUGUUAGUGACAUUUAUCCCUUUGGUGAUGGGUGUGGUCAUUUUUAUGCAAUGUGGAAUAAUGCAGAUCAUGCAUUACUGGACAAUUUUGCUUUCACUUUAAGUUAGUGAAGUUAUGUUAAGUUUAGUAAAAUAGCACCAAAUUUAGGAAGGAUACACAGGGGUUUCAAUGAACACCGACGGCCAACGAAACGCGCCAGCUACUUUGCUCAUAGAAGUUGGCUACUUUUUUUAGAAAGAAGAAGGGACUAGUUUGAAUAACUUUGUAAACAAAAAAUAUAUCGUAAAAUCUGAAUGAAAACGUAAUUAUGAUGUGUUUUCAUAAAGGCCCACUGGUUUUCCACUGGUUUGACAUUGUGCUUUAGUCACUAUAUUUCAAUCCAUUUAUAGGUUUACGCAGAAUUUGUUAACAUGCAAAAGUUAAGUUAGGUAAUUUAGUUUUCAUCAUUUGUUCAUUGCUUGUAGGAAUUGAUUGUGACUGAUAAGUCAAAAGUGGAAUGAAAGCUACAUUUUCUUGAAUGAAAAACACUUUCUUUUGUCUUCAGUGUAGUCUCCAGAAUGCUGAAAAUCGCAUUUUAGGGCUUUGAAAUUUCAAAAUUUUCUAGGGCAACACAUCCCCAGACACCCCCCCCCCCUCUAGAGAAAGGGUACUAAUGGCCCCCCUUGUUGAUACAGUUGGUUACUCUAUUCAAACCUGCUGGCUACUUCAAUUUUUAUUGAAACCCCCGGGUAGAUAUUCACACAGGUACCUCAUUUUGGGAUCUCUGACCAAUUAUUCUUCUAAUCCUGCCGGAGUUAAACACAUACACACAAAAGAAAAACAAAACAAUUUGUGUACUUUAGCUAGAACUAAGGAGUUUGUUACAUGUAGCAGGGCUCAAUAACUGAUGGUCACUAAAAUUAUUUUAUUUCAUAGACAUCAGACUUUUCUUGAAUUCAUUAGUUCGUCAUUCAGUAAAGACUUUCUGAAGAAGAUUCCUUUUUGCUUACAAGGAAAUCCCUCCUUUAAAAACUUAGCAAAAGGGGUGCAAUAAAAAGCAUCCCAGAUACACUGUAGAUUGAAAAACAUCUGUAAAUGCUUUUUUCAGGAGUUCUUCCAGAGAAAGUUUCCAUCAUGUAAGGCUGCUAAAGGUACAGUACAAUGCAUGUGGCAAUGUUGCUUUCAUGAUAUAAAUCAAUUAUAUGUUGUAGUUCAAUUUUAUUUGUGGUUUUAUUUUGUUGUCCAUUCAAUAUUGGGUGGAUAUGGUAAUGUCAGUUUAAACCAGUGAAAAAUAUAUUCAAACCAACAAAAUAAUUUUUAAUUGCCGCAUAUCCAUGGAAAUUUUUAGGAAGGGGUUGGGGGGGGAGGGGAAGGAGAUGGCAUCUAAAACCAAUAAUUGCUGUUGAAGUUGAGGCCUGAGGGCUGGAGUGGAGGGGGACAUUUGUGAAGGUGGUAUUAAAUAAUUUAUUCUCUGUCCAUAACAAGCUGGGUUGGCAAAACACGUGAAAGGAUUCACUUUGCAGUUUUUGUCUGUUUGAGCUCAAAGUUUACAGGGUCGUGGAACUGUUUAUUCCAAACAUUUGCAUGUUUUUUGGUUUAAACAGUUUUUGGUUGAUUGACAGCAGAACUUAAUAUUGAAUAUGAACUUACAUAAAGAUGUUACAAACAAAGAGUUUUUAUAGAGCACAACUUGACAGAAUCAAAUGCGAAAAAUUUGUUUUGGAAAGGUAAAAAAUGAUAUUAAGCUUUGAUUUUUGAAUUUCCCAACAUUUUGUUACUAUUUUUAGACACAUGAGUACAUUUCAAAAGGCAACAAUGUACAUGUAUAUCUCAUUAAAAGCAAUUGAGCUCUACAUGUUUAUUACUGUUCUGCAAUAAUUACCGUCAGUAUAGAACAUGAACUGCUCAAGUGUGUUUAACUGUUUUCAUGUCAGCAUUUUUAAUGUUGAAUUAUAUAAAUUUUUUUAUGGUUUAUGGUUUUCAUGUAUGUAAGUUGAAUCAUGUUGCUAGGAUAAAUACAAACAAUGUAGUUUGAUAAAGCAAGUUUUUCAGCCGUGAAAGUUAAGGCAAUCCAAAAUUUUUUGUUACUCAAUUAAGAGGGGUUAAUUCAGAUCGCAUGAAUAAAAAGUUGGAUUAACAUACUUUAGGUUUAAUCUAAUAUGAAUCUGCCCAGUGCACUUGAAAAUUAGUACAAGGGUUGAGACACUGUUUAGAAACUAAAAAUUUAAAAAUUGACCUUUUUGAGAAGUUUGACAUUACAUUAAUAUUGCCGAAUGUCUUUUUUACAUUUUUUUUGCAGUUGUUCUGGACACAGCAGGAAACUCCAGGUACCUUGAUGAGUUUCAAACUUUUUGUCAUAAUACUGCUAUUGGUAUCAUUAUAAUUUUUUAAUGUUUUGGCUUGAUUUCACGUUUGCAGAUGCUUUGUUUUAUGUUUGUUUGUGUAUGAUAAUGAGUUUGAAAUACAAUAAUUUAAACUAAAAAAUAUAAGAAUGAUUGAAAUAAAGUUGUUGUUGUUGUUUGUUGUUGAACCGCAGUUAAUAUAUGGUUUUGUAUUUUUUGGAUGUUGUGGGAGUGUGUUUUUGGGCAAACAGUCUUUUAGUUAUUGAGAGAAGACUUAUGAAUAAAUUAAAAUGACCCAAGGAGCAAAAAACCUGAUACGGCAGGAGGUUUGAGUCAAGGUGUCUCACCUUACACAGUCACCUAAUUUACUAAUUUACAGUACUGCCUUGAAUUAUAUAAAAUGGUGUGACAUUUCUGUAUUGUAGAGGAUAUGGUUUUGUGAGGUUUACUGAUGAGAUGGAACACAGGCAAGCCAUGAUUGAUAUGCAAGGUGCUGUGGGUUGUGGAUCCAAACCCUUGAGAGUUAGUGCUGCAACACCAAAGAGGUAAUGUAGAGACACAUUUAACAGUUACUGAUGUAUAAUAAACCGUCAAUUCUGAAACAUAUCUUGUGAGAUUCUCUUGCAAACCCAAGUGCUUUUUUCUCUAUACUCAGAUUAUAAUACUAAAGACUAUACUUUAUUAACGCUUGUGUUAAUUAAAGGUAUUUGAAAUUGACCCAACCCUAUUAACCCUAAUGUAAGGAAAAGUUACUAUGCAGUAAGGGAAAUUAAUGCCAAAAUUGGGCUAAGCUUCCAAAUAAAAUGAAGCAAAUUACAUUUCUUUUUGUACAUUUAGCAUUCUAAAAAUAUUAAUCCAACACAGGGAGAAUAUUUUCAGUGGGAAAUCAAGCAAGGUAGUUCUACAGGGUAAUAAUGAGGGUGUGCAAAAAUUGUUUGGUAUUUAAAUCUACUGAAACUAGAGGUAACCCAAGCUCACAAGUGUGCCUAUAAAUUAUAUUGUUAUUGUAUAACAUUAAAUUAUAGGAGUUCAGGGUUCAUGUCAGUAUUAUUAUUAUUAUAUGCAGUUAGUUGGUGGGGAAUAGAACAGCUAGGAAGUUGUUUUGGUUCCAUUUUCUUUUUGUUUCCUAUAGAAGUAGCCAGGGGUCAAUUUUGUAGCAGCCAUGGGAACUUAAUGAGAGCCUGAGGGGUUGUAUGUUUUGUUCUAGCGACUGCUAUUUUGGAGUCAAAAUAGCAAUGAAUAGGCUGCAGAAUUCCUUACCUUGUCUCCAUCUGUUACCUAUUGUUUACCCCUGACUUUUGAGUGAUUCCUGCAAGUUUUAGUUGUGUCAUUUUCCUCUGUUUACACUUAAAUAAAAUGUAUUUUCUUGUGCCCGAACUAAGUUGGUUUCGCUUGUUUGUGCCAGACCUCAAACUUCUACAGCUGCCUCUACAUCAGCAUAUAGCAGCUCCUCUGCAGCAGCAGCAGCAGCAACAGCAACAGCAAACCAGCAAUACAUGCAACAGUACCAGCAAUAUCAGCAAUAUCUUGCAGCAUGGCAGGGAUACCAACAUCAACAGCAACAACAGCAUCUUCAACAACAACAGCAGUAUUAUCCUCACUACCAGCAUUACAAUCCAUAUGUGCAGACAGCUUAUCAUUCACAAAUGGUAACCUUUUUAAAACAUCACGCACUAACCUUUAAUUAAUAGUCCUUUCUAUUUGUCAGAACUUAAUGGCCACACCAUUGCUGUCAUUGUGAGAAUUUCACUUUUAAUCAACACUAUGCUGCCAGAUCAGUGAAAUCCCUAAUAUUGUGCCCUAAGGAGAUGGGUUUUAAGCAACAAUUCUUGGAAAAAGCCCAUUUAACUUUCAAACUGACUGUCUGGCAAUGGUUGGCAAUUCUGACAAAUGUAAAGUACCCGUACAAACCUUUCUAACUUUUGGAGUCUAUGGUUGAGAUCCUGAUGUAGUUAUUUUAUUUUAUUUUAUUUUAUUUUUUUCAUGAGAUAGCUUUUCAGUGGUACUUCCCUGUGCUGUGUUUUACAUUGUAAGGCUGUCCAAAGGGUUAUAAACUUUUUAGUCUUUAGAAUUAAAUCAUUAAUUAAGUGACCAAGACUGCAUGUGUAAAUAUUGUUGUAUAAGGUGAUUCUAACUUUGGUUUCUGUUAGUAUGUUGCUUGUUGAGUGGAACAGUGUACUUCAAAAUGAAAAUGCAGAUGUUCAUAUAAUGAACCAACAAAAUGCUAGUUGCAAGUUAGGUAUGCAUUGUAAGCAAAUGUGAUAAAAAGCCUAAAAAAAUCAUUUGUAUAAACGGUCCUUAGUCUCUGGUACGAGAUCGUAAUAAUUGAGUCAUGACUUAGAUCAGUAAUAAUUAUGUUGUGGAUCGAGGUCACAUGGUAAAUGCUGCCAGGCCAUAACCAUGCAAGUACAUGUGUUUAUCUGCACGCUGUCUUGUCAUGCUGUAGGUGCCAUUAGAAUCCGGCACCUUCCAAGACAGUGCUGCCAACGUUUUCAAUGCGGCGCUACUACAGCCUAUCAGGAACUCCGCAGAAUUAGGUCAUUUGAAGAGUUAGUUGACAAAUCACGUUAAAAUUAAGGCGAGGGCAAGGCUGUAUUCUUAGUGACCCUUCCCUGCUGAAUACUGCGGAAGGAGGUAAAUAAUCACUGUAUUAGAAAAUUGUUUGAACUCAGCGGUCAUGCCAUAAGUAGGUGGAAUAAUUAAAAUCGUUCAAGUGAGUGUAGUCCUAAUUACAGAGGACUGUUGUUCACAGUACAGAUUGUCGAAAGGUCAGUUAUUAUCGACAACAUCCCAAUCAGGACUGAACUCACCCGGCCACCUAGUACUUAUAAUCACUCUCUGUCAUGUGGUCAGGUGUACAAGCCACAGUGAAUGUAGCUGCGCCGACAUUCGUUUCUGACGUGAAAAAGAACUACAACCCUAGUCAAAACUCUCGGGACACUAACGCGAUAGCUCGUCGAAUUGAGGCAUCUUCCCUCCCCGCUUCCCCCUCGGUGCAGUGUUGACGUUAUGUAUUCAAGUUUUAAUUUAACACAAUCAACACUGCUUGGGGGAGAGGGGGACAGCAGAAAUAGCCCCUUAUAAUAACAUCCCCAAGCUUUUUUAAGAGGUAGAAUAUGAGUUAAUUUAGCAAAGUGCGUCUUUGUACCUAAUUCCCUCAAGUGUCCCAGGACGUUUUGACCAGGGUUGUAGUUCUAAGAGCCUGUUUUCCUUUUUGCAGAGUUACGAGGAGCCAACUGUAACAGUGGACAACACCGCAGAAGGUAAAAAUAAUUUAUUCUUGUAGAUAGUUUUAACAAGUGAAAAAUCUCUGAUUUUAUAGUCAGCAAGCAUUGCCCAUUUGUUUUAGGCCGAAUACAAAACACUAUCAACUUUGAUCGGCAACAAAGAAAAUACACAGUCAUUAUGUUACUAGUUCUUUAAUUUUUUGAACAAAAGCUUUAAAACACUGCACCAAAUUAUUUAUUUUUGUUUUUAUUUGUUCGUUUGCUUACCUUUCUAGAUCCUAAUCCACCUCUAAACAUAACAGAAGAAAACAAAAGCAUUAUGUCAAGCGAAGCCGUAAGUUGAACAAAUUUUAGUUAUUCCUGAAUCAAAUGACCUCAUCUUGAAACUUUUGGGUGUUGCUCGCAUUCUGUUUUUCGCGCGGCUUGCUUCUUGCUGUGUUGCCUGUCCCAGACUUAGCUUACAUGUACAUAAGCUGCAAGAACUGACUACAAAACGUCCUUCCCAGAGCCCCCUUCGCAGCCGUUCUUUGUGUUGUCAGGCAACGCGGGAAGAGCGUUGUUUGACAACACAAAGAACGGCUGCGUAAGAGUCGAGCUGUAGAUUUUAGAUUCUUCAUGUCUACGCGGUUCUGGGAAUUGAAAUCUAUAUAAAAUGUUGUAAAUCGAAUGUUCCGUCAUUUCACUGGUUUUCUUUCUUGAGUCUUUAAAACGGAACGAACCUUUAUAACCGUAAGUUCGUUUACUUCGAAGAGAAAGAAGGAAAACGUCGAGGAACAGGAGUCGAUUCUCGAAAAUUCAGAGAACUCAUUUUGUUCCCCAGAGCUCCAAACAACUAUAUGUAAGAUCAGAAUCUUAGCCGAGAAUGGUAGUGACGGGUUAUUUUUGAAAAAUUACUUUCGUGGCUGGCUUAGGAUCUGGAUGAGCAGGACCCCGACGAAAUGAGUCCGUCACUGAAUGGUGUUCGUACAUUCCUUUUAUUUCGUUAUUGAAAGAAUCGAUACAGCCCGCUUGAUUCAUAAUAAUAAAUAUUUUUGUACCUAUUCCUGUUUAAAAUUACUCAUCCUACCUAACGUUUCUGUUUUACGGCAGGAUUUUUUCUACGAACUGGAACAGUCAAGAUGGCAACCGGUAGAGACGCUUAGUUCAGGAGCUAAAACUGUUCCCGCAUAGCUUUGUGUAUCACGUAGUAUUAAACCGUCUGGUCAGAAAUCGUAAUUUAUUGUCAUUUUAUCGCUGUUCAAGUUCUUUCAGUGUCCCUCAGUCAAAACAAAAAUGCAACAUUUGCAGCUUCUUAUUUUGGUACAAUACUGUCUUUUGAUUUAGAGCACAUUAAAACUCUCUCAAGACCAUUUACGGGCACCGCGGCUGUGUCCAGGUGAGUCCGUUCAGGGUUGCAAACGUGUGCGUCUACUGCUGUUCACACGAGAACGAUGUCAAUCCGUUUACGAACCUUGUUCACACUGGAGACCCGUAAAGACGACCGUUUACACUUUUCAAAGAAAGACCCAUAAUUUUGCACGUAUGCGUUUAUAAGCUCCAACGGACUCAUGUAGAAACAAUUAUUGCAAAGAGGCGUUUUGCCAGAAAAAGGGUUUUCCUGUGGUAAUAGGGAGUUUUGGCAAUAAUGUCAGCGAUGCUAACACAAAGCAAGAAACUUACCAGUGCCCUUAUACCUGGGGCCGCUUCCCGGAAAUAUGGUUAAGUUUAACCCAUGAUUAUGCCAAAUUUUAAGCAGAGUAUUUUAGUCUCAGGCUAUGUUCACACUGUAGCGGAUAGCUUUUGCGCAUGCACGAAAAUCAUACCCGACACUAGGGCUUUUGUUCACGGUCACAUAAAAACGGUGUUUUUCGCGCGGUUUCUCUGAGGGAUCGACACUGCGCUGCGCCAAUCUCGAAAGUGGAGUGUCACGUGUGGUAGAGGUUCUGUGUCACACACUUGGUGUACUGUGAACUUGGUGUAUUGUGAACAGGUAUUCGGACCUUAAAUAGAGGAAGUAAAUAAGUAGGAAAGAGGACUGGAACCCGGUACUGAGACGGACGUAACCGCUCUUGAACGAUCGGUUCAAUGUGUGUGAACGACUUGCUCCACUACUGUGCUAUUGCUGUCCGUACUAUAAUGGAUAGACUUGCUUUUCGUGUUGGCACGCAAAGAUAUUCGGUAUAGUGUAAACAAAACCUUAGAACGUCGUGUAUUCGAGCUUACCAAAAAUUUUGGAGCCUUCCCUUUGACAUACAGUUGUGAAGACAAAAUGAUACUUUGUGUAAACGAUUCAUUGAAUCUAUAGAAAUGAGAACAGAAUCUUGAAGCAAAAUUUAAUCAUGGAUAAGUGCUUAUGGGCUUUUCAGGAACCCUACAGUUGACAUGCUCGCCCUUUUCUCGCCUUUCUGUGCAAAACAGGAACGUCUGGCCCUAGCUCUUCAAAAGGUGGAGAAAGUUAUUGAUUUAUCCGGUGGAUAUCGUAAUUGGUUUCCUUAGUUUAUACUUGUCCCCGCUGGAUGGUGACUUACUCGGUGGAUAGGCCUAUCCAAUGUUUGAACAACCGCGGCCGGAUGAUCAAAUUUACAGCUUUACGAAGAUGAACAUUCAGCUGUUGAUUGUACUUCUGUAUUACAAAUUCAGAAUUACAUGAAUUGAAAUGAAACGAAAUAGCGCGAAUUGUUUUGGGACCAUCGUUAUUGCUAAACGUUCCUGUUUUACCGCUGCGAUUACCCAAGUCAAACGAGC